UAAAUGAUAUAUUGUUUAACCAUAGUUUAUGUUAUGGCAAGAUGAUGUACAGAACUCAGACUUAAUCACCACCUGAGUCAGUGAAAGGUAGAGGGACAGAGAGCAAGCCCAAAGCCAAGUCAAGCUUGAUUGACAGGGCUUACAGUGAUCUGAGACACUGGAUUCCCUUUUGCUAAGCACGGGACCUGUUGGAAGAGUAAGCGUCUACUAACUGCCAAAAUAAGGGGUCCAAGGUCACAUUUUGGAGCCAUGGAUGUCAAAUUAUUAGAUAUAUGGGAAAACGGGUCAAUCACAAGCCAACUCCAGAUGUUUAGACUAAAAGAAAUGAUCUUUUGCGAUGCUCUGGCUGUUUUGGAAACGGUGUGUGAGGACUAAACCCGAAGAAAGUGGAAUUACCUUAGGAAUUAUCAAGUUUUGAUUGAGAAGGAAAAUUUCUAAUUGUCUGACUCGUCAAUCAAACAUCAGAAUGGUGCCACUGGACAUCUCAUGGAAGGUCGAGGCUUUCUCUCUUGUCCCGGUCCACCAUGGAUGUCGGAGUGACCCCGAGACGACACAAUCCAGUGGACAGCAUCUGCCGCAAGCUGCAGACCAUUCAGAGGCGAGACCAAGAAAUUAAUUCACCCUUUCAGAUCCCUAAAUUCCAGACAAACAGCUACGACAGCCCUCACUCAGGCCUACGCUUCAACCUGGAGGCCAUCCUGAAGAAGCAUACUGUCCGACCUGACGACUCUGACUCUGCGUCCUCUGCGGGGAUGCUGACCCCCACAGCUUCCCCUGGACCGGGGUCUUCCUGCAACACCCCUCGUGCUCCUAUUACUCCAGUCAAUGCCACCUAUAGCAUCACAAGCACAUUGGGGACAUUAGGCACAAUUGGAGACAGGAGAACAUCAGGAACCUACAGCAGACCAUUUCGGCGUAACUGCUCCACCCCAUCGGCCCAGACUGGGGAUAAUUACUUUAACUUUACCCCACGCUACUCCACACAAUCCCAGGGACCUGACACAGAUGUAAGGACCUCAAAGAUUCCAACUCCUGGGUUGUUCUCAUACAACUUGAACUUCUCCUCGGAUAUUUCCAACAUGGACAGUGAACUCGCCUACCCAGCCCUCGUGGUCAAGAGACUUUCACUGGGCGAGGGAUCUCUGUUUACCUCCGAGCCCAAAAAGGAGAGCAUGGCAGAGGUCAGUCUGAUCUGUGAGGAAGAUCUGUUGGACACAAUUUUUCAGGCCUGUGACACACAGUGCAGAGGGAAAGUUUACGUAUCGCAUAUUGUGGACUUCUUAAGACACACCACCUGCCGAAGUUCAGAGGACAGCGGAUUGGAGGAGCUCUGCAAUAUGCUGGACCCAGAGCGCAAGGACAUCUCCAUAGACCUGGACACAUAUCAUGCCAUUAUGAAGGAGUGGAUUGAAGACUGCCGGAAUCAGGGUAAGGACUUAAAGAAUGACACUCAACAGGAAUCAUCCAAACUACGAGACAGUUUAUCAGCAAAGAGAUCUGCUCUACUAAAUAUGACCUCAGGUAGCCUAGAAGCAUUCGGAGGGGAAGCCUCCAGAGCUGACCUGGAGACAUCAGAUCUGGUCUUCUGUGUAGCCGAUUUGCAGCUAAAUAACCAAAAGCUGCAGGAAGAGGUUCGCAAAUUAAAGCAGGCAGUGGAAAACAUGGAAGACACCAACCAGAAACUCAUCGAGGAAAAUGAAGAGCUCAAAACACAAGCUAAAAUGGGGCAGCAAUUAUUGCAGAAGGAGAAGAUGCUUAAAGAAGAAGUUGAGGAGAUGAAGCUGAGUCUGACAUCUUCAGAAGAAAGCCGAGCUCAGGCCGCAGCUCAAAGAAAACAGAUGGAACGUGAAAACCAAAGCCUCAUAUCCAAGAUUGCUGCUUUACAAGAGGAGAACAUGAAAGUGACCCUGGAGGCAGAGGAACUUCAGAAAAAGAUGAAUGACCUUUGUGACCUUAAUGCUGAUCUUCAGGUUCAAAUUCAUUCAUUUGAUGCCAUUCUGGCUGAUAAGGAGUCAUUAAUUCAGGAGAAAAAUAAACAGAUGGAUGAACUAAAGGUGGCCGUUGUGGAGUAUUCAUCAGUUACAGAGCUACUGAGAGCGGACAAGAACAAACUGGAAAGCCAAAUGCAGAUGAUGCAGCCUGAUGUGACAAUCCCGGGUCUCUCUCUCUCUGUGGCCUACAGACUGAAUCAGACGAGUUCAGGCUCUCUUCAGACUGAGCUGGCUCUGGCACAGAAUCCCCUGGAGGGUUUGGAGCAUCUGUCCACUUCUGUCUGUUUUGCAUCGUCUCUGGAUGAGACUCUAGAUCGUGAGGUUCUUCUGCUUCUUCAAGGCCCUACUCCAGAGCAGCUGUCUCUGGAGUUUAAAUCUCUGAUCAGCAGAUUGAAAAGGGAAUUUAAAGAAGAUGGCCUGACCUUUCUCACAGCAAUCAGAAGCCUUACAGAGAACAGUGAAACUCAGGAGGCCAACACUGACCUCAAGAUGCAGGGUCUGGAGGUGCAGCUUGAACAGAGGAGGACUGACUGGAUUCGCAGUCUGGAGCAGUUGGACCAGUACAGGGACUCUCUGGAGAGAGAACUUCUGAAGAUGGCUAGCAACAUGCGACGUUCUCGGACCGAGAUCCUGCACCUGUCUGUAAAGGUACAAGAGCAGGAGAAUCAGAAGCAGCAGUUGAGAGAGGAAGUCGAUCGUCUGAAGACUCCGCUGGACAACAGAGAGGCCAGCAGCCAAACACCGGACCACCUACAGCAGGUUGUGGAAGAGCUAGAUGGUCCCUCUCUUGAAUGGGAUGAGGAAUAUGUGUUGUCCGAGUCGCCUCCUCUACAAGAGCUUGGACCUGACCAGCAGAUGCUUGAGGAGCUCUGUUGUGAUGAAGAGGUACUUCAGGCCCUGAAACAGGAGGAGGAGGAACCAACAGAGACUGUGAGUGACAAAGAGAAGAUCACAGCAAAGUCUGAAGGAGAAGGUGAAGCUACAUAUGAUUCUGGAGUGGAGAACGAGGAGCCACAAAGAGAUUUCACCCUCUCUCAUAUGUGUCUACCUGAUAAAAAAUCUGAAAGAGAAUCAAAUGAAGCUCCAUUUGUAGGUGAGGGAGGAGAGCAGAGGCCUUGCAUGUCUCUAAAGGAGGAAGACAGACUCCCAGAAUGCACUGGGCCUGAGGACGCCCACGAGCAGGCUGCUCCUCUGCCUCACACCCACUGUGAGUGUGCUGGUGACCAGCCUUUGACCUAUGACAACCUUGAGGUCACCUCAGUCAAAGACCACAUUUUAUCUACUGAACCUUCCUCCCUUAUGACCUGUGAGUUGGUAUCUCCCUCCACAGGCCAUCCUGAAGUUGGUAAUUCCAUUACAGGAAGGACCGAGCAGCUUGUGGGCACAAACGGAGAACCCGAGGAAGAGCGUUUGACCACCGGAGCCGACAUGAGUGACUUGCAGAGACUGGGCGAGGGACAGCUUUCUAAAGUAUCCGCAAAAUCUGACAAGAGUCUCUUGUUGCCUGUAGCAGAGGAAGAGGAGGCCAUGCCAGAAGCAGUGGAGGUGACGUCAGCUGGGGUGAACUCACCAGACAAACACAAGACCGGCAGUAAAAAGACAGUGGUCACAUCUGAUUCAAACUCAACUGGAUCAGCUGACUCACUGAAGGAUCCUUCUGAAAAAGUGAAAGACAUGACCUUUGACCCUGCUGCCAGCGAGGAUAACAUUCCAACUGUUCCUGCUACACAAAGCCCGAAGAAAGACCCCCUGGCCUCAAGGAACAAGCUCAAGAAGGAAAUGAGCAGCAUGGAAGUCAUCGAGGAACAAAAAGCUCAAGAGGACGGUGAGCCUACGGUGGUCACAGAAAAAGAAGGUGACACAUCUGUCAGCUCUGAAAAUGCCAGUGAUUCUACCAAAGAUGACAAGAACAGCCUGUCGCCAAGUGACAAAGAGAUUGAGGCGGAGUUCCACCGGUUAUCUCUGGGCUUCAAAUGUGACAUGUUUACCCUGGAGAAGAGGCUACGCCUGGAGGAACGCUCACGGGACCUGGCUGAGGAGAACGUCCGCAAGGAAGUGAUCAGUUGUAAAGCACUACUGCAGGCUCUAAUCCCACGGUGUGAGGAGGAUAACCAGUCUAUGGAGAUCAUCCAUCGCGUGCAGAAGAACUUGGAGAUCCUUGUCCAGUCCAUGACCAGAGUGUCCAGCCGUUCAGAGAUGCUCGGGGCCAUUCAUCAGGAGACCAGAGUGGGCAAAACGGUGGAGGUGAUGAUUCAGCAUGUGGAGAACUUGAGGAGGAUGUACACUAAGGAACAUGCAGAGCUGCUGGAGCUCCGGGAGAACCUCACGCCGAAUGAGAGGUCCUUUGGGUCACACAGUGAGAGGGAUGAUUUUAGAAACAAGAAACAGACAACAUCAAACAUUUUUAAAACCACUAGCCGACGUAUUAGUAUAGCCACCAUUCCCCGCAGUAUUGGAGGACAGACCCAUUUUGAUAUGCCCAAAGACAUGGCAGAGACUGAGGUGGAGAGACUCUCUCGAAGGUCACCAUGGAACAUGGCAGCCAAGAGGCCACCGCUAAAGCGCUUUGUUAGCUCUGGUACUUGGGCCGACAUUGAUGAGCCCACUCUGAUGAAUAGGUAUGGAUAUGACACAGAAUCCCACUCGGAGGAAGAGCGCAAAGAAGAGCCAGCGUCGGACAGAAGGACGAGCUUAACAGAAUUAGGCAUCAAAAUCACCUCCUUCAUAAUGCCAGCUAAGAUUCCCACCCCCAGCCCAACAGAUAACGCUCCACCCAGCCUGAUGGAGGGGAGGCCUGCAGUGUCCAGAGGUGCCAGGGGGAUUUGGAUUUGGGUGGCCUUAUUUGUAGUUCUAGCUGUUCUACUGGCUCUGCUGGCGAGUCUGAUGUUACAGCCUGCAGUAGAUGCAGCACCUGUGGGCACCGGGGACUCCUGGAUGACCAUCCAGCAGCUUCUGUGGCCCUAUACUGGGCUGAGGCAUAACGGCCAGCCCCCUGUGUGACACCAGGGGGUCGGCAAGGCUGCAGUAGCCAGUAUUGACAUUGAGAAAAACUCCUACGGCUGCAAGAGCUGUAAUGCAACACUGCUGCCUGUCCAUCAAACAGAAACUCUUUGUGACCAUUUCUUGCUGAAGGUAAAGAGAAAUGUGGGCGUGUCAAGAGAGAUUUGCUGAAAACUUCAGACUGCUUGGAUGCUGUGUACACAAACUGAUGUGUUGGCCACGUAUGUUAGAGGCAUCGCAUGAGACACUCACACAGUGGAUGCUUAGGAUGGAGUGGAUGAGCCAACUGCAAAAAUGUGUCGGUUGUCUGAAAAGGCUGCCGUUUUUAAAACCUUUGAAAUAGAUCAGUGUAUUUUUAUGAGUUGUUUGAACGAGUAUUGAGAUUGAGAGAUUUUAAAAAAUAUAUUUUUUGCUUUUUUUGUUAAUUUAUUGUUUUACAGUUUUAUGCAGUAGAUUUUUUUCUGAUUAUUAUUAAUUGUUACGAACACUUUUUUUAAUCCUCAUGAAAUUGUUGGUUUGAUGUUCACUGUUAAAAGUUCAUACAUGUCUGUAUGUUCCAAAGAGGGGGGAAAGAAACUUUGCACAAUAAAGAAACUGAUCCAAAUCAUCUCCCUUUUCACUGCAGGAAAACUAGCUAAAUGAACCAUGACUCAUGAGCAGUAUUGGGCAAGUUACUUCAAAAAUAGAUUUAAUGACUAAUACAUGAAUGAAAUAGCACUUAAUUACUUCUCUAAUGUCUGAAAAGUAACAUAAUUGCUCCAUUUAAUUGACUCAAUAUUACUUAUUUAUAUGAAUAGCAUAGAAAAAAUUACAUUUGAAUCGAACAGGAUUAGUUUUAUUUAAAAAACAACAACACUAAAAUGUAAUAAAAUGUUUCAAAGAAAUGACUCCAUACUGUCAAUAUUUUACUCCAUUUAGUGUUUGUUUAAGCUUGUGGCAUUCUCAGACAAUUUAGUAUUUUAAUUGUCAGACAAAUUGAGUUAUUCUCAACAAUUUGUUUCUCUGACUUAUAAAUUCAUGAACUUUU